AUGAAUACGUCCGACUACCCUGUGAUCUCACCAGAAGCCGUACAGGAGUUGGACCCGGAAGUUGUGAAGCACUCUGUCGAAACCAUGGACCACAUGACGUGGCUAGACAGUUCCGUGGAUGAGGACGGAGUCUUCAGCGUCGGAUGCGUGGUCUGCUCCCAGAUGUUGGCCGACUGCGAUAAAGACGUGAUUGCCAGGUACGGCGUCCGCUGCCUCACUGGCUUCAAGCCGAAACGCUUUCAGCAGCAUCAGCGCAGUCCCGCGCAUCUGGCGGCAGUGAAGAGGCUGCUGCAGCCGAGCGUAGAGAUUGUGGGGCAGCCUCUUUCCAAGCAAGCUGCGGCACCCAGCGAGGUGGAGUUUCAAGCCAUCCUGCACCAUAUCCGCAAGGGCGGCAGCUUGCGCGAGGGCGUCCCCGGCAUUGCGCACUUCACUAAAGCCAAGACCAUGGUCUUCCUUUUGGCCGAGAGCCUGAAGCGCUUGUAUCGCGGGUGGCUGCGCUCGUGUUGCACUAUCAACCUGCUGCGUGACGAGCGCCACGCUCGGCUUCUCGUGCGCUUCCGCUGCGCAAAUCUCCGUGGAGAACGGGGAAUCGGAGUGAUGGGCCAGGAACGCAUCGUGCAAAGCACGGCGACCAAGAUCACGGAGACGACCCUGUCCAUCUUCAAGAAUUUUUGCACGCAGAAUCUGGGUGCGCCUGGGCUCAAGGACGAGUCAGCUGUCUGGUUCGACGAGGAGCUCUUCGAGCAUAUACGCUCCUCGGUGCAUGCUCUCACAGUGGACUCCGCAGGAAACGAAGUCGCGUCAGGCGAGAACAUGAUGUCCAGCAGGUCCAUGACAGCCAUCCGUGGAGAGCCGUGCGCGCCGAAUCUACACACCAUCAUUCGUGACAAGGCGCAUGCUUCCCGCAGAAUCUUGCAGAGGCCGUGGGCCUGCAAUGAGUACUUAUCCAUGAUUGGCACAUCCCUGCUGUCAGCUUCGAGCAGCUUCGCUCAGCUCCUGCAGCACAGCACAGACUAUCAGGCUUGGUACCAGGAGUGCUCCCGCAGGUCGUCCCAUCGAGCUGUUACCACAACAUUCGGGCACCUGCGUGCCGCGAAGCAUCGCUUCGAGUCCAUGGCAUCUCCCCUGUCAAGAUUGUGCCUUGACUGGGAGGCUUGCGUAGGCCUGCUGGUGCGUCUGUCCCAGGAGAGAGCGUCAGAGGCAGCUGGAGCAUACGCCAUCGCCACCCUGGAAGCUCUUGAUGAAGAAUUGAUUCUGCAGUGUGCGUUGCUCGCAGAUGCCUGUGAUGAGACUACAGCAUUGAUCAGAUUCUUCGACAGCGCCGAAGUGGACAACGCCAGGAUUGCUCAGGAAGUCAAGCGCUUCCGAAAUCGGCUCACGAAGCUCUUCGAGGGUCAGCACAUCUGGUCUGCCGAGGGCUACACGAAGCAGACCCUGGCCUUCUUGGAAACCGCUCACCACUUUCUUGUGCGGGGGUCCUCCAGCGCAUGCUUCAGUGGUCGACUUNNUUUGGCUAUGGACGUGCUCGCUGCGGAGCACCCCGAUUUCGAGCUGGUGUCGUCUUUCUCUUGCUUCGACCUAGAGCAGCUAGCAAGGCUGCUGCCAGAAUGCAGGCACGGCUUCCCUGCAGCCCUGACUGAGCCCUUGCGGCGGCUCGCGUCUACAUUCCAGCUGGAUGAGAGCAAGCUCCUCAGUGAGUUCGCUGACCAUGGGGCAGUGGCCGCGCACCGGUGGAAGGUAACUGGAGGCUGCAAUCUGAAUGCAUGGCAGUAUGCCCUGCAGGUCACCUCCUCCACAGCUGCACGCGUGCGACACCCGGCGGAGCAGCUGGAACAAGUGUUGGCCGAGUAUGCAGCCAUGACCAGCUCCGAUUCCAUCAUUGAGCGUGACUUUUCCAAAGUCAAGCACUUGCUGAGCGAACAGCAGCUGCAUGCAACGGCUGGAGUGGAAAGUGAUAGCAUCAUGCUGGCUGUGGCGGAUCCUGGCCAUGACCGGCUUGUCUUGAAGCAGGCCCGCGAGCUGUGGUCCGAGCUGUACCCGCCAUGCAGACAGCGUAUCCGUGAGAGGUUCGACAAGAACGUCAAGCGCCCUGGGGCGCAGAAGCAGGCUCUGCGCAGUGGGACGGUGUCAGCAGCCGAAGUGCCGGUGGAAAUGCUGGAAGCCGCUGUGGAGCAUUUCAGCAAAGCGCAGAAGACAAUGGUGGCCCGUGAACGAGCAGAGCAGCGAAUGAAAGCGGCUGUUCAGCGGAAGUGCCCUGAUCCAGCCGACUUGGAAGGGCUGCCGACCUGGGUGACUGAUGAUCUGCGGACAGAGCAGCUUGACGAGGCUUUGGAGAGGCGUGCGUGGGGUGUGACUUACUCUCUCGCUGAGGCCAAGGUUCUGAUUCUGCAGGAUGUUACUGAUGUGCCAGAUGAGUAUGCCAUCGCGGCGGCCUUGAAUGGAGCAUGGGUAGUGACGCCCCAGAUGGCCAUUCUAAACCAAGGCACAUGCUUGAAGCUGCACGCGGGCGUGCGCACACAGCGCUCCAUCUUCAUGACAGAUGCCUUCCGAGAAACCCACGGAGAUGUGGCCUCUCUGCUGGAGGCGUUGGCGUGCCGGACCUUGCGCAUUCUGGAGUCCAUCGAGGACUUCGCCGUGGCCAAGCAGCGUGCCACUAACCGCGGCUCCCCCGCGCAAGUGCUGGCGCUCAUCGUGGAGUCGGAUGCUGGGAUUUUCACGGAGGUUCCGCAUUGCUUCUUCCUUCAGCAGUUUCGAGAAUUCAUAUGGCGCCUUGACCUAGCAAACUCUUGCCCUGGGCUCUAG